AUGUGCCUCAACCUCGCCCAAACGGGGCUCUCGUUCCACACAACUAAAGAACGCAUCGUUCGCGCCGAGAAUGCUAGUGUCAACGGUUUCGAGACUCUUGGUCACUACGCCGGCGGCGUCGUCGCUGCCAAUGUCGUUGGUGCUGACGCCCCGACUAUCAAUAUCCUCUCCCUAGCCUAUGUAGCUUCUCGCAUCUUCUACACCUUCGUCUAUGUCGUCCUUCGGGAGGAUUUGAAGAGAUUCGCAAGUUUGCUCCUCUAUGCACUCUCAUCUGAUUCGUGGGCCAGACGGUUACCGCCACCCUGUUCUUCAAGGCCGCGGGCGCCUUGUCCACCUGAUUCGCUUCCGGGUUCCUCUUGUGACGUGUGCAAUUGCACUGUUACGUCUCUCUCGGACGAAGCUGGCAGUCCACCCCCACGUCUCGAGCGCACGUCGAUAGUACAGGGUACCGCCCACACGGUUUUCGAGGCUUCGCCAGACGUGCUUCUCCCGGAGCUCGCCGAACGGUCCGACUCGCCUCACCUUGCCAUAAACCCCUGCAAGUUGAGCUUCUGA